AUGAUUGUUGAUGAAGAUAUCAGUCAGCUUGAGCCGGUGAUUGAUUGCAAUCAAGAUCCUAGUGGGGCAAACUCAGAAGCCGAUGAUGAAAAAUUGACAGACGAAGAGAUCGACGAAAUUGUUCCGGGAACGUUUGAGGUUGAGGAAUCUGUAGAUGACAAGGAGGCCAAGACAACUUGUAUGGAUUUGGUUGGUGUAGCCGUUGGUCAGAUCAAUUUGGAGCCGCCAAUGGACACUCUAGCCGAUUUGAGCCCUCUAUUUUGCCGUGAAGAGGAAAAGAUAAAAAAAGUGUCACCUGACAACUCAGCCUGGUAUCCGUUUCUGAGUAAAGAAUACCUGAUGGGUUCCCUGCUUGUUGGAUACUUACACAAGCUGAUCUUGCGUUACUCGUACCAUCAAAUACGGGUUGUCUUUACUCUAAACUCCAUCAAUCUUCCCCGCUGGGAAGCCUAA